GUGCAGAAAGCAGUCCACCGGUAAAACCCAUCUCGUCCUUCCGGUGCCCCCUCACUCCCUCCCGAUGCUAGCACCGUCUUGGCUGCGGGAGCGUAAUGGCGGUGCACCGGGGACCCUCCACCAAAUGGAUCUUCUCCCGGGAGCAGCUGGACAACACGCCGUCCCGACGCACCGGAAUCGAGGGCGACCGGGAGCUCUCUUACCGGCAACAAGCGGCCAAUUUAAUCCAAGAUAUCGGCCAGAGACUCAACGUCUCCCAAUUGAUUAUCAACACUGCUAUAGUAUAUAUGCACAGAUUUUAUAUGAUUCACUCCUUCAGCAAAUUCCAUAGAAAUGUUAUUUCUCAGACUACGCUGUUCCUGGCAGCUAAAGUUGAGGAACAGCCCAGAAAGCUGGAGCAUGUCAUUAAAAUAGCCCAUGCCUACAUUAACCCUCAAGAGCCUCCCCUAGACCCUAAGAGCAACGUAAGUAAACCAUGGAGUAAACAUUCAUGCAAUUGUUACAUCAUCAUCUGUAUAGAUUGUCAUUUUUAAGCUUCACGUUGCUGCGUUUCUUUGUUUGAUAUAAUAAUCAGUAUUAAAUAUCCCUCUUUAAGCACCCUUCCUCGACCCUUUACAGCAGGGGUGUCAAACUCAAAUACACAGUGGGCCGAAAUUAAGAAAUGGGUACUAGU